AUGAUGCUUUUGAGAUCAGUGGGCAGCAAGAGACUCUUUUCGUCGAGCUCGCAGAGGUGCUCGAACAUUGGUAUGAAGGCCAUUCUUGUGCCACAGGAGGUGUCCAUUGAGAUUCAGCCUCUGAAGCAGAGCAUUAUAAAAAGAAAAGGUAGAUCCUUGCUCACGUUGUCACAGCAGGCCAAGGUCAAGGGGCCGAAGGGUGAAUUGACACUGGAGUUGCCGGAUUUUGUCGUCUGCGAAAGAGACCAUGAUAAGCUGACCGUUUCCGUCAAGGACUCCGAGAACAGACAACAGAGAGCUCUGUGGGGGACGAUGAGAUCUCUGAUCAACAACCACGUCAUCGGUGUCACCGACGGCCACCUGUCGAUCUUGAAACUUGUCGGUACUGGUUACAGGGCCCAAGUUGAACAGAAGGACGGUAAGCCGUUCAUCUCUGUCAAAGUCGGUGCCUCGAUCCAACAAGGCCUCUUCAUCCCAGAGAACCUGACCGUGACGUCACCAGCACCAACGAGAAUCAUCGUGGAAGGUGUUGAUAAGCAGCAGGUGAAGCUCUUCGCUGCCAGACUUCGUGAGUUCCACCCUCCAGAGCCUUACAAGGGUAAAGGUAUCUACGUGGACGACGAAACCAUCGCUUUGAAGGCCAAGAAGAUCAAGUGA